CUCUCGUCCCAGAAGCCAGCCCCUUAACCACCAUUCAUUCUCCUCUCGGGUUCUUUGUUCGUGAGAUACUACCCAUCCCUAAGAUGCAGUUCAACGCCCUUACCUCUCUCGUGUGCCUUGCCCUCGGGGUCAACGCUGGUGUGGUUGACAAGCGCAGCGGCGAAGGAGUGCACCUCGCCAACUGCUACCAGAACUCGCCCCUUGGCCAAAUCCCAUUCUCCCAAAUGAUUUACUACGCCGACGAUGCCCAGGCUAGCCAGAACGUCGUGCCUUCGAGCUCGAAUCAAUGCCGUGUGACAAACCCGGGAUCUGGUGGCUGGAAGACGUGGGAAGGCUCCCCCAUCACUUGCAACUUCCCAACCAACACCUUCUUCACCUCCAACAUUCAAGCUGGCGCUGGCGGAUACAAUGUCGGACAAUAUGCUGGCCCUGGUCAGAACAGCUUCCACGGGUUCAACUGCUACCGUGACAACAACCACCAGCUCUAUGAUGACGGUACCUUUAGGUGUUGGAGUGUUUACUAUUGCCUUGGUGCCUAAGCGGGAAUCGCGCAGCUGGGGUUAUGAAAGUGUUGUCAACAAAAGCUGUGUGCCGGUGCCGAUAUACCUAUCUUCUAGGAGGGUAGUACACUUAGAACGCUUAUUCCCUGUUUUUGGUCAUGUUGAUUCCAUACGAAGCGUUGUGCACUCUGUCAGCAGCGUCGGAGUUUGGGGAGUUAAGGAGUUAGUAGCUACCUGUGACUGCCCCUUAACUCCUUUAUAAAAGGCUCGCCACGCUCUUCGUCCCUGCGACCCCCAUCAUCUUCUGCA